AUGGCCGGCAAGUUCCCCCCCUCGUCCAGGUUCUGCCGCGCGCGAGCCGUUGCGUCCAAGAGCAUCUUCGAGGCCGACGGCAAGGCCAUCCUCAACUACCACCUCACCAGGAGCCCCGUCGUCAAGGACACUCCUCUUCCCAAGCCGACCAAGCACAACCCUCCCCCCAGACUCGCUUCUCUGCACUUCCCCGAGGAUGCCAACGUCAACGACAUCCUCGACCAGGCCGAGGUCACCUACCCCUGGCUCCUCCAGUCCGGCGCCAAGUUCGUCGCGAAGCCUGAUCAGCUGAUCAAGAGGCGAGGCAAGAGCGGUCUUCUGGCCCUCAACAAGACCUGGCCCGAGGCCAAGGCUUGGGUCGCCGAGCGUGCGGGCAAGGAGCAGCAGGUCGAGCACGUCACUGGUGUUCUGCGCCAGUUCCUCGUCGAGCCGUUCGUUCCUCACCCCCAGGACACCGAGUACUACAUCAACAUCAUGAGCGUUCGUGAGGGCGACUGGAUUCUCUUCACUCACGAGGGUGGUGUCGAUGUUGGUGAUGUUGAUGAGAAGGCCGAGAAGAUCCUCAUUCCUGUCGACCUCUCUGAAUACCCCUCCAACGAGGAAAUCGCCAGCACUCUGCUCAAGAAGGUCCCCAAGGGUGUGCACAACGUCCUUGUCGACUUCAUCAGCCGCCUGUACGCUGUCUACGUCGAAUGCAACUUCACCUACCUCGAGAUCAACCCCCUCGUCGUUAUCCCUAACGAGGAUGCCACUUCCGCUACCGUUCACUUCCUUGAUCUUGCUGCCAAGAUUGAUCAGACUGCCGACUUUGAGUGCGGUGUCAAGUGGGCCAUUGCCCGCUCACCGGCUGCUCUGGGCCUCACCAACGUCGCCGGCGGCGAGAAGGUCAACAUCGAUGCCGGCCCCCCUCUGGACUUCCCUGCUCCCUUCGGCCGUGAGCUGACCAAGGAGGAGGCUUACAUCGCCGACCUUGAUGCCAAGACGGGUGCUUCCCUUAAGCUCACCGUCCUCAACGCGACGGGCCGUAUCUGGACCCUUGUCGCCGGUGGUGGUGCUUCCGUCGUCUACGCUGAUGCCAUUGCGUCGGCCGGUUUCGCCGACCAGCUCGCCAACUACGGCGAGUACUCCGGUGCCCCUACCGAGUCCCAGACCUACCACUACGCCCGCACCGUCCUCGACCUCAUGCUCCGUGCCCCUGUCGCCAAGGAGGGCAAGGUCCUGUUCAUCGGUGGUGGUAUUGCCAACUUCACCAACGUUGCCAGCACAUUCAAGGGUGUCAUCCGCGCGCUGCGCGAGUUCGCGACCACCCUGAACGAGCACAACGUCCAGAUCUGGGUCCGUCGUGCCGGUCCCAACUACCAAGAGGGUCUCAAGAACAUGAAGGCUGCCACCCAGGAGCUCGGCCUGAACGCCAAGAUCUUCGGCCCCGAGAUGCACGUUUCCGGCAUCGUCCCCCUGGCGCUGAUUCCUGGCAAGUGGGAGGCCAGCGGCGCCAAGGAGUUUGUUGCUUAA